AUGCCUCCCCGAAUCUCGCUCCCUCGUGCCGCCACACCAUUCAUCCGCCGCCUCUACUCCACCGAAACCGAACCUCUCAUCCGCGUCACCAACAUCCCCUCCCAAUCCUCCGGCCACAUCCGCGUCCUCGAGCUCAACCGCCCCAAGGCCCGAAACGCCAUCUCCAAGGGCCUCCUGUCCGCUCUGCGCGCCGAAGUCGACGACCUCCACGCGCAGUAUGGCCCCAAUGGCGAGGAGACGGGCGUGACGCGGCCAGGUGUUGGCGCGGAAUUGGGUCCCACGAGGGCGCUCGUCCUGGCGAGUGCUGUCGAUGCUUGCUUUUGCGCGGGUGCCGAUUUGAAGGAGAGGAAGGGAUUCACACAAGAAGAAACAACACAAUUCCUCUCCAACCUCCGCGGCACAUUCACGGCCCUCUCCAACCUUCAAAUCCCCACCAUAUCAGCUAUUUCGUCCCUCGCUCUUGGCGGUGGCCUUGAACUCGCCUUGUCCACCCACUUCCGUGUCCUGUCGUCCAACGCCAUCAUCGGCCUCCCAGAAACUCGCCUCGGCAUUAUCCCCGGCGCGGGCGGCACGCACCGUCUUCCAGCCAUCAUUGGCGUCUCCCGAGCCCGCGACUUGAUCCUCACGGGCCGUCGUGUCGCCGCCCCGGAGGCAUACUUCCUUGGAAUCGCAGAUCGCCUGGUCGAGGUCGUCCCUGAAGAUGAGCGCGACGGUUCGGAUAUUCUGUCUGCGGCUCGUAAAACUACGCUGGCUGAGGCCGUUAGACUCGCCCAGGAGAUUUGUGAGGGCGGGCCAGUUGCCAUUCGUGCUGGGUUGCAGGCUGUGGCUUGGGCGAGACAGGAGAAGGAGAAUGAGAUGUAUGAGAGGGUCGUUGCGACCGAGGAUAGGAAUGAGGCGCUCAAGGCGUUCCAGGAGAAGAGGAAGCCUAUUUUCAAGGGACGAUAA